GAGCUAAUUAAGAUUUACUAUGACAAUUUCUUUGUUCUCUUGUUGGCAGGAAAAAAGGUAUAAAAAGAGAGCGGGUGGAACUCUGUAAUUUUUGAGUUGGCUUGUCUUUCACCUUUUAAAUAUGUUUUACUACCCAGAUUGGACUGAUACAAGCAAUGUACUUGUUACUUUACUCAUCGUCAUUGGCUCUACCUGUCUUGUCUUGCAAGAAUACUAUCCAGAUUCAAGAAUGGGCUACUCUAAAUUCAAUAAACACUCAAGUACCAAUAUUCCUUCCUUGUAUGGCAUGCUUGUCAUUUACGUCCCUUCUUUUCUCGUAUCCAUUUAUAUCCUACUCUAUCAAUCAACUACAAGUCAUUUAUUCAAGAUUUCUCUCAUGAGUUUCUUGCAUUAUUUCAAGCGUGUCUAUGAAGUCUUGUUUCUUCACAAAUACUCGGGUCAAACAGUACUAAAAGAUUGUAUUUGUAUAUCAUCUUCCUACGUUGGCUAUGCUGUCAUUGUCAAUUUAUUUUCUCGUAAAGUGCCUCAUGUGACAGGUUGGAACGAGUGUAUGGGUAUUCUCUUGUUUGUCUUGGGAGAAAGUAUCAAUGCAUAUCACCACACUUUAUUGCGUCGUCUUCGCUCGGAUGGAUCUACCAAGUAUAAGAUCCCAGAAGGCGGACUUUUUAAAUUUGUUUGGUGUCCCCAUUAUGUUGGAGAAAUAAUUACUUUUAUAGGCAUGGUGUUUAUGACACAACACUUUUUAGUGCUUUUACUGCAGGUAGCAUCGGCUGCUUAUUUAGCGGUCCGUGCUUACAAUACAAGAGCAUGGUAUCAGCAAACAUUUAAACAGAUUCCUAUAAGAGCAUGUUUAUUACCAGGUGUAUUUUAAUUUGUUAUAAUA